AACGCUUGGUAGACUUGUUCGCGCGUCAAUGAUAGUAGUAUGGCGUUUGUGAGAGCAGCUGCUUGGGUUAUUUGAAAAUACGACUCUCUCCGAGAUUUGUAAUCAACCGGUGGAGGGAAAAUAGAGAAAGUAUCGUGCUGACGUUAACCCGCUCGUCUUUGUCGAACUUGACGUGUCGCCAUCGUCAAUCAUCGUCAUUAUUAUCCAUCAUCGUCAUCUUCAUCAUCAUCAUCAUCAUCAUCAUUAUCAUUAUCAUCAUCAUCAUCAUCAUCAUCAUCAUCAUCGUCAUCGUCGUCGUCGUCGUCGACGUCGUCGUCGUCGUCGUGAUCUUCAUCACCAUCACCAUCACCAUCACCAUCACCAUCACCAUCUCAUCACACCACACCACCAACAACACCAUGACGGAUCGAACCGAGCUGAGAAUGAACGUGGCCGCUUUGAAACGAGUUGAUCCCUAUGUGAAGGAUAUCUUGGAAACGGCAACUCAUGUCGCCCUGUAUACGUUUAACGCGGAGGAAAAUGAAUGGGAAAAGACCGACAUCGAGGGCGCUUUGUUCUUGUACUCGAGGAACGGCGAGCCAUACAACAGUAUUCUCAUAAUGAACAGAUUAAAUACAAACAAUCUAGUAGAACCAGUUGCUCCAGGUUUAGAUUUGCAACUGCAGGAACCAUUUCUGCUAUAUAGAAAUUCGAGAUGCAACAUCUAUGGUAUUUGGUUUUAUGAAAAAGAAGAGUGUGUACGGAUUGCAAAUAUGUUAAAUAAACUUCUCAAAGAAUGUGAAGAGAAUCGCAAAAUCAGUAACAAACCGCUACUUAAAGCUAAAAAGACCUUGGGACCUAACGUAAACAAUGUAGAUAUAUUCAGUAUGCUUAGCAAGGCGCAAGAAGACUUUAACACGAGCAGAAGUAGUGGCGGUGGUGGAAGCGUGGGAGGAGAUAGUGGUAACACGAUUACAGGAUCAAAAUCUCCAUCGAUUACACCCAUGAUCGAUAAUAUUUCUGGACCUCUAGCUGCUCCCUUAGGACCUGAUGUCACUUCGCAAAGUGUAAUGGACUUCUUUGCUAAAGCCAAGGUGAAUACUGGACAUUUCAAACCAAACGACCAACCUACUCCAGGAAGUACAGUUACAGUCGAAAGUAAACCUUUACUCGCACGUUUAAUGUCUCAUCCAGCGGCACAUACUCUAGAACAUAUUGAGAAACAGCAGAGAUCUGUAACACCGCAACCGUCUCAUCAGUCGCAACCGACAACGAUUCCAUCCACAAACAAGUCUAAAAGACGAAACAAAGUGACAACACAACAAGAUUCGAUAAUAUCCACGUCAGCGCCAAUUUCUCAGGAUGUGCCGCUACAUGUCGCUCAGAACUUGAUGAACAAUGAUUCAAACGGAUCGACUGGAUUUCUCAGGAUACAAUCGCCGACCAACGUAACCUCUUUAAGAAAUCAUCAAGCUUCAAACAUUACCAGUACCAACAAUGUCAAUCCACUUGCACCAUUACUCGCUCUUGCUUCUGGAAGCACAUCGACAGACGAUAUUAUUCCGGCAGCGCCUACGUUGUCAGGAAGAGGUUCAGCACCAGCGUUAAUACCUCCUGUGAUGUUUGCUGCUCCCAGCUCACCUGAACCCUUAAAUAGACCGUUAGAACCACUAACGAGGAAUCAGCUUUUACAAGCGUUCAGUUAUUUGUUAAAAAGCGAUCCGGAUUUUAUCAACAAACUUCACGAGGCCUACGUCAAAUCGUUCGGAGAGAUACUUUCUUAAACAUACCACAUUAUUGUAUUAAUUAUGAAAAAACCCAUGCUAUGGGUUGUGACUGAUAAAAGGAUUAAGCUAAAUUUCAAUAUUCCUCCAUUACGUGCAUGUACAUACAUAGACGAGAUGUAACGCUCGACAUUCAAUUGAAAAGAUGAGAACCAUUUCUUUAAAAAAAUUAAGGAAAUUUCUUUUUUGGCCGAAGAUUAGAAAACAGAUAUAAAACUAGAAAAUGAUACAAUACCUUACAGUAUUUUUAUAAAGCAAUGCACUUUCUUUCGAACAAAGUAGAAAGGAUGGACGAGCAGGGAACGAAGAAAUUUGAUAACCGAGUAGGAUAUGAAAGAGAAAUUUCUAGACAUAUUAAAUGGUACAUGACGGAAUUGAACGGUUUUUAAACUGUGAUGCCAAAACACUUGCACAAGUGUUUUAUGAUUGAAAUUUCAAUGCAGCACGAAAUCGCUUUUUGAGCUGGCCAAACUGAAAACCUAUUUUAUAGAGUAAUGACGUAUCCUUCCUAUAUACCGGGUACCAAAUAUGGUAUGUGUAUGUUAUCGAUGAAAAAGAAAUACCAAUAAAUACAAGAUGCAAUGAAAA